UCGGUAUAUUCACUCAAUUAGAACACCUACUGUCUCUUUUUGAAGGCAUAGGCCUAUUCAUGGUUUCAAAUUUGGCGUUCUCAAAGAGCUAUAGUGCACGCGACAAGUAUCGUAACGUGGCAGGGGAGCGGCUGGUUGAACGCGGCGGCUUUCGCACCGCUGCUGUGCCCUCGCUCUCGGACGGCCCGGCGACACACCACCAAUGACAGCUGCAACGCGCGGGCUGCUGCUGAUUGCAACCAUAGCCUCCGUCGCUGUUGGCGUCUGUGGACAAGGCAAUCAGAUACAGGAGAUUGUCAUCAAAAUUUGUGGUGAACAGCACAUCCAUGUUUCGGAAGUAGUGGUGGACUGCGCCGCCAGGGUAUACGGCGAAAAGGGCAUGCACGUGGCGCUCCGAGAAUGCCUGCUGGCACACCUGUCGGGCCACGAUCCCGGAGCCAGCCUCCGAGUGUCUCCGGCUGCCGUCGAAGAGCUCUGCGCGUGGACCAACGCUUCCGCAGCGAGCAGCGUGCGCACAGACGCCGACGUCGACCAGGUGGUGCCGUACAGAGCUGGAUCCACGUUCUACUGCGCCCUCUCAAAGCUGAAGAUCACGCCGCGUGAGUACAUCCGGUCUUACGAGCAGAAACAAUAAUGGGCCCAGGAUACUACCCUGAGAGACUCCUGUGGUGAUAUUCCGGAUUGCCACAAGGACUACAAGAGCCUCGUCGGUCCGGAGCACGAAGACUGACCAGACUGAAAAAAAGAUGGCAGCCGCGCAGCUGUGAGGAUUUUACUGAGUGUGCGCGCAAUAAAACGCGUCGGAGUUCUC